GGGUCACCCUGACUUCCACCCCUUCCUGCAGGGAAACCCCACCCACCUGAAGCCAAGAUGUCCAGCAAGCGGGCCAAAGCCAAGACCACCAAGAAGCGGCCACAGCGGGCCACAUCCAGUGUCUUCGCAAUGUUUGACCAGUCCCAGAUCCAGGAGUUUAAGGAGGCUUUCAACAUGAUCGACCAGAACCGUGAUGGCUUCAUUGACAAGGAGGACCUGGGCAUGAUGAGCGAGGCCCCAGGGCCCAUCAACUUCACCAUGUUCCUCACCAUGUUUGGGGAGAAGCUCAACGGCACCGACCCCGAGGACGUGAUCCGCAAUGCCUUUGCCUGCUUCGAUGAGGAAGCCUCAGGUUUCAUCCAUGAGGACCACCUCCGGGAGCUGCUG